AAUAUUUAUAUCCUAUUCAAUCCCCUUAUUUCUCCUUUUUACACUAUCCUCCCUCCGAAAAAAAAACCUCUAUAUAAAGACGUAACUUAGGGUAGACUAUCAUACCAUCUGAACAAAGAAAAAAAGAUGAAUGAAGGCGGCGAGAAUGAUUUUUUGAUAUGGAAAAAUGAUGAAGUGUGGUCAUUUUUGAACUCCGACAAUAACCAACUAGUUGGGAGCGGUGUAGAAUUUGUGGGUGAAAAGUUGCCAGAUCCGAAUAGGUCUAAUACUUGUCAGGAACUGACAGCUGUUAAAGAGGUAGGCAAAGCGAGUCUUGGUGGUAAAAAAAGAUGUCGAUCCAAUGAAAAGAAGGGCACUAAUGAAAGUGGUGAACCAAAGUCUGGGGCGAAUGGAGAUGGAGGAAGAGAAUUAGGUCAUGAGCUGCACAUAAGGAUGGACAGAGAAAGAAGGAAGAGGAUGCGAAACAUGUUUGAGGAGCUUCAAACUUUGCUUCCUCAUCUUCAACCUAUGGCGGACAAGUCCUUAAUUGUUGAUGAAACUGUGAGGAACAUCAAAAUGUUGGAGAACACUGUUGACAAUCUUAAAGAACAAAAGCUAGAAAGGAUUCAACUUGGCAUAGCUAGGCUGUCCACAAUGAACAAUCCCGUAAUGACUCCACAGAAGUUACGUGUUGGCACUAGCUGGGAACAAUUUUUGGCUGAUAAAGGAUCUGCUAGUAACUCAGCUGCUAUAACACCAAAGAACAACAACAAUGUGACUGGCAUUCCCCUUUUGAACACUAAUGUUCCAACUGAUUUUGAGACAUGGAGUUCAGAUAAUGUUGUGCUAAAUGUUUGUGGAGAAGAGGCACAUAUUAGUGUGUGUUGUCCUAAGAAGCCUGGACUUUUUACCUUCAUUUGUCAUGUUCUCGAGAAAAAUAAGAUUGACAUUGUGCAUGCUGACGUUUCAUCUGAUCAAUUCAGAAAUCUGUUCAUGAUCCAAACCCAUGCAAGAGGUGCAAGUGGCUUAGAGCAGUUGAUCUCUGGAGCUUUAUCAGUGGAAGACAUGUACAAGCAAGCUGCACAUGAAAUAAUGUCAGGGAUAAACCCCAAAUGAUCCAUGUUUGUUUCAUCAGUCAAAUCCAACUUUGCUAGAAGAGACCGUGAGGGUCAUCAUAUUUACUUUAGUAGUUCAUUUGUAGAGGAUGAACAUCUGUCGUUGUAGAGACAAUUCUAUUUUGUUCUCAUAGUUCAUUCGAUGGAGGAUGAACAUGUUUGUUGCCAUAAAGGCCAGCAUAUUUAUUUUCAUAGCUAGUUCAUCCAGUGUCGAAUGUGUGUCUGUCGCCGUAGAGGAGUGAAAACUAUGGAUUUUGGUCCUUUUAA